CCCCAUCUGAACCGCCUCUACGGUCAGUGUCUAUCCCAGGCCGGCGACAACUCCCAUUGGCUGCGAGUCGCCAACUCGCUGCAGACAGCUGACUGUCUCCUCCUCGGCGUCUUCACCUCAAAGGAUGUCACCCUCCCACCCGAGGCCAGGCUCGAUCUGUUGCUGCCCUCGGAAAACCUGCGGUUGGCCAAAAAGGCAAGUUAA